GGAGCCCGAGGCCUUCCCGGAGAGAGAGGACGGAUCGGAGGGCCCGGCCCUGCGGGAGCUCGAGGAAGCGACGGCAGCGUCGGCCCUGUUGGUCCUGCUGGCCCCCUCGGCUCCGCUGGUCCUCCCGGCUUCCCAGGCGCCCCCGGCCCCAAGGGAGAACUCGGGCCCGUCGGCAACCCUGGCCCCGCCGGCCCCGCCGGGCCUCGUGGAGAACUGGGUCUUCCAGGGAUGACCGGCCCCGUCGGCCCCGCAGGGAAUCCCGGAGCCAACGGUCUCACUGGGGCCAAGGGAGCUGCGGGUCUCCCUGGCGUCGCCGGUGCCCCUGGUCUGCCUGGUCCUCGUGGCAUCCCUGGCCCUGCCGGAGCUGCCGGUGCCUCUGGUCCCAGAGGACUUGCGGGCGAGCCCGGUCCUGCCGGUUCCAAAGGAGAAAGCGGAAACAAGGGGGAGCCGGGCUCUGCUGGUCCCCAAGGCCCCCCCGGCCCCAACGGAGAAGAAGGCAAGAGAGGACCCAACGGCGAGCCUGGCUCCACUGGGCCCGCGGGCCCCCCAGGCCUCCGAGGCGUCCCUGGAUCCCGGGGCCUUCCUGGAGCUGAUGGACGAGCUGGCGGCAUGGGUCCCCCUGGUAACCGCGGAUCCUCCGGACCUGCCGGAGUUAGAGGCCCCAAUGGAGAUGCCGGCCGGCCAGGCGAGCCUGGUCUCAUGGGCCCCCGAGGUCUCCCCGGCUCCCCUGGAAAUACUGGCCCCACCGGUAAAGAAGGCCCCGCCGGGCUUCCUGGUGCCGAUGGCAGACCCGGCCCCACGGGUCCUGCCGGCAAUAGGGGCGAACCUGGUAACAUUGGCUUCCCGGGACCCAAAGGCCCUACCGGCGAUCCUGGCAAGAGUGGAGAAAAGGGUCACGCUGGUCUUGCGGGUGCUCGGGGCGCUCCCGGUCCCGACGGGAACAACGGCGCUCAGGGACCCCCCGGCCCUGCUGGUGUCCAAGGUGGAAAAGGUGAACAGGGUCCCGCCGGUCCUCCAGGCUUCCAG